CGGGGACACGCGGAGCCGGGGCUUGCGGGACUUGACUACUGGUGACUCUUCUUCUUCUUGACUGCCGUGAAAUUUUUUUAUAUAUAUAUUAUUUUUUAACUGGAGAGAAAGUUUUGUGGGUUUCUUUUUGCAAGACUCCUUCUAGAUCGUUCUUCCGUUCUGUCCUGAAGAUAGACUUACUUUCUGUGGGCUUCUGGAUCGCGCCCCUCUGCCCUCCCCCAUUUCGUGGGACGCCUGGAAAGGAAGAAAACCGCGUCCGAAUCGCACGCUGAACGGCGGCACUGCACGACGGGUCUCUGGGCGGGGAGCGAUCCCCGCGUCGCCCCCCGUGAAAUCGGCGGAGCCUGGACUUUCAGGAGGUACAGCAGCGACCUAAAGGGGACCUGGGCGCUUGCAGAGGGGACUUGUAUCGAAACUUGGGGCAGUGUUUCGUGUCGGACGCGUAGCUCCCCCAAGCAGCGCACUUUGGGGACGUGUCCGGUCCACUCCGGACUCGCAUCUCAUCCCACUCGGCCAUAGCCUUGGCUUCCCGGCGACCUCAGCGUGGUCACAGGGGCCCCCCUGUGCCCAGGGAAAUGUUUCAAGCUUUCCCCGGAGACUACGACUCCGGCUCCCGGUGUAGCUCGUCACCCUCCGCCGAGUCUCAGUACCUGUCUUCGGUGGACUCCUUCGGCAGUCCACCCACCGCCGCCGCCUCCCAGGAGUGCGCCGGUCUCGGGGAAAUGCCCAGCUCCUUCGUGCCAACGGUCACUGCAAUCACAACCAGCCAGGACCUCCAGUGGCUUGUGCAACCCACCCUCAUCUCUUCCAUGGCCCAGUCCCAGGGGCAGCCACUGGCCUCCCAGCCACCAGCUGUUGACCCUUAUGACAUGCCAGGAACCAGCUACUCAACACCAGGCCUGAGUACCUACAGCGCUGGUGGAGCAAGCGGAAGUGGUGGGCCUUCGACCAGUACGACCAGCAGUGGCCCCGGGCCUGCCCGCCCAGCCAGAGCCAGGCCUAGAAGACCCCGAGAAGAGACGCUUACCCCAGAAGAAGAAGAGAAGCGAAGGGUUCGCAGAGAGAGAAACAAGCUGGCUGCCGCUAAAUGCAGAAACCGCCGGAGGGAGCUGACCGACCGACUCCAGGCGGAAACGGAUCAGCUGGAAGAGGAAAAGGCAGAGUUGGAGUCGGAGAUCGCCGAGCUGCAAAAAGAGAAGGAACGCCUGGAGUUUGUCCUGGUGGCCCACAAACCGGGCUGCAAGAUCCCCUACGAAGAGGGGCCGGGGCCAGGCCCCCUGGCCGAGGUGAGAGAUUUGCCAGGGUCAACAUCCGCUAAGGAAGACGGCUUCGGCUGGCUGCUGCCGCCCCCUCCACCACCGCCCCUGCCCUUCCAGACCAGCCGAGACGCACCCCCCAACCUGACGGCUUCUCUCUUUACACACAGUGAAGUUCAAGUCCUCGGCGACCCCUUCCCCGUUGUUAGCCCUUCGUACACUUCCUCGUUUGUCCUCACCUGCCCGGAGGUCUCCGCAUUCGCCGGCGCCCAACGCACCAGCGGCAGCGAGCAGCCGUCCGACCCCCUGAACUCGCCCUCCCUUCUUGCUCUGUGAACUCUUUAGACAAACAAAACAAACAAACCCGCAAGGAACGAGGAGGAGGAAGAGGAAGAGAGGGGAAGAAGCAGUCGGGGGUGUGUGUGGACCCCUUGACUCUUCUGUCUGACUGCCUGCCGCCUCUGCCAUCGGAGAUGAUGGAAGGACCUUUGUGUUUUGAGCUCCGUCUCUGGUUUCUGUGCCCCGGCGAGGCCGGAGAGCUGGUGACUUUGGGGACAGGGGAUGGGGCGGGGAUGGACACCCCUCCUGCAGAUAUCUAAUGGUCCUA